AUACAAAGCAAAAUCAAGUUCAAAUAAAAAAACUACGGGAAAAAUAAAUGAAGAUUUCAUUUUUAUGACCACUUCAGUUAGAUUAUAAUCUACAUUUUAGUCCAUAUUAAUGACAAAACCCCACUGAUAAAGACAGCUUUCCAUCCCCCUUUUUUAGCGUAAACUCGCAUUUUUAUUGGCUAAACAUAGAAAUACACCAACUUGGACUACAUCAUUUAAGUUGUCGCAUCGUCCAAUAAAUAAACUUCGCCUAUCCAAUCAUCUUCUAUCUCUAUGCUCUCCACCAUUCUACAUAAACCCCAAAAUCUCUCCUCAUCAUCAACAUAGUCUCUUUCUUUCUCUUUCCUCUUGCUUAUUCAUUGCAAUGGGCAGGAAAUGCUCACACUGUGGAAGCGUAGGACAUAAUUCAAGAACAUGUUUUGCCAACAAAACCAGAGUCAUUAAGCUCUUUGGUGUUCAUGUAGACACCACAGGCUCUUCACCACCACCAGGUCCCAGUUCUCCUCCACCUUCGUCAAUUUUGGCUGCCGCAAUGAAGAAAAGCUUUAGCAUGGAUUGCUUACCCGCAUGUUCCUCCUCUUCCUCUUCCUUCGCCGGUUAUCUCUCCGACGGUCUCACCCACAAAACACCCGACCGCAAAAAAGGGGUUCCAUGGACGGAAAAAGAGCACCAGCUGUUUCUAAUUGGAUUAGAGAAGCUUGGUAAAGGAGAUUGGAGAGGAAUCUCUAGAAACUUCGUCGUCACAAAAUCUCCGACACAAGUGGCAAGUCAUGCUCAAAAAUACUUCAUUCGUCAAGCCACCACUCUCCAUCACAAGAGACGCCGCACUAGCCUCUUCGAUAUGGUUUCGGCCGGCAACGUUGAAGAAAAUAGUUCCAUUCCAUGUAAUGAUGAUGAUCACACUGGAUCGCCCACAGGGGCUGUUUGGAAACAAGGAUUGACUGAUCCUUGUCUCGGACAUCCAGAUCCUGAAAUAUCCGUGUCGGGUAACACCGGUGGACUCGAUCUUGAUCUGAAGCUUGCGUCUCAUCAGUCUUCCAAAUCGAAUAUUAGACCUAUAAGCGUUACGUGAAAUACAUAUAACUCGUUAAAUAAUGGGUGUAAUUAGAAUAACUAAAAUGCUUACAUAUAUCAACCAUCGAUCCUAUCUAAUUUGAUUCUGGUCCAUCUUAGUUUUGGUGAAUAUUUCUUUAUCAUUGUGAGAUUUUUGCCUUGCGUCCA